AUGAAUGAUUUGGGGACUUUCCACCGAGACCCCUUGCCGGGCACACCUCCCCUUAAAGAAUGGCCAUGCACCAUCGAUAAAGCCAGCGAUUUUCUCAAGACGUGGUAUGAUAGUGGCAAGCCUUUCUUCACAAAGAAGGAGCUGGAGAAGCUCUCGACCCAACUCAAUCGCCGGUACAAUACUCGCGGACGGAAUAGUUCACAAAAGCAAUUGAUCUCUAUCAAAGGUCUCACUGGAUCAAAGCUUCGCUAUGAAGUUCUGACCGGUCAGGUCCUCACCGGAGAGAAGGAAAACCAGGACUGGGAGAUGCGAGUCAACGCUUUAGAGCAGGUUAAACUGGAGGAGGCGUUCUUUCCCUUGCAGAUUGAGCAUUUCGUGCUCAAGCGCGCGAGCGACACUAAGCUCCCCAUCGUGGCCGAUUACAUUCGGAAUCCUGUGCCUGUUGAUGAGUAUCUGCAAAGUACCCUGAAGUCCUGGAAGCAGUUCCCCCACUGGAAAAAUCUGGAGGAACUCCUCAAACUUGUCUCCAACCACAAAAUUACAAAGGUCAUCGGAAUCGCAAAUGGACCGAUGGAAUUUGGUACCAACGAACACUACAUCGGGCGCUGCGGCAUGCAGAAUUCCGUCAUAAUUACCAUCAAGGAGUCGAUUGAAGAGAUAACUGGGCAAAAAAUCAAAUGUUACACCCAAGACCCCCGAUACACUGCCGUCGACCAGUGGGCUCUUGCUCAACAUGGCUGCGAGGUUCUGGAAGACCCCAAGGCCUUGCUUGAGAUCGACGACAACUGCAUUCUCUUCUCCUGCUGCCCAGCUCUCCCAUUGAAGGAGAUUACCGUUGAAUUUGCUCGUCCAGCCAUGCUUAUUUGGGAUCGAGUUGACUGUUACCGAGACCGGGAGUGGACUUUUUCCCAUAACCCAGACUCUCCCCGUGUGGGGAACAUGAUCCAGAAGGAAUAUGACUGCCAUGAGUUUUGGGACAUGCCUGAGGAUGGGGAAGUUCCCUUUAAGUCCUGCCUUACUGCUUACAUCCGCCGUAAGGUGGAGUAA